UGUGGAAUGGGCGGAGGCGCUGGAGCGGGGCUGCGGAGGGGAGCGGACCGUGGGACCAGCGGGUGGCCUGAGGAACGCGCCUCAUGGGGGGAAAGGACUCGUCGUCCGAGCAGCAGCACUGCAGGCAGUUGAACUGAAGAAAGUGACUUUGGAGCUUUCAUCUCGUCUACCAUUUGGGAUUUAAUUUGCAUCAUCUCUGGCUCUAUAAAAAGAAAAAGAAAAAGUCAAACCCACACACAACAUGUUGUUGCGCAGAAAGACUUCCACUCCCUGGCUGUGCUAUUAAUGUUAGCAAUCAGGAAAAGCCUUUGGGGGCUGCAGAUUCUCUGUAGUCUGCUGCUGCUGCUGCUGCCGCCACCGCCACCACCACUGCUGCUAAAGGUUUUGGUGCAGGGAAUCCAAACUGCUGCCUUUUCUGUCCGCUGAGCUCUUCACAUCUGCAUGUCUCUGCUGCUCACACACACUCCCAUCUCCCACCCUCUCUCCAUGGACUGAUUGCUGUUGAGGGAAGACGAGCCUGGCCAAGUGAUUGUUUUUGGGAGGAACACAAAUUGCAUUUAUUUUGUCGUAUUCUGGAGGAUCUGCUCUGAGGAUAAUCUUUUUUUUUUUUGCUGGGGGGGCGGGCGGGAAGGAAAACAUGACGUCGCCAGCAAAAUUCAAAAAGGAUAAGGAGAUCAUAGCUGAAUAUGACACUCAAGUCAAAGAGAUCCGAGCCCAGCUUAUUGAACAACUGAAAUGUCUUGAUCAGCAAUGUGAGCUUAGAGUCCAGCUGCUCCAGGACCUGCAGGAUUUUUUCCGCAAAAAGGCUGAGAUCGAGAUGGAUUACUCCAGGAACUUGGAGAAGCUAGCUGAACGAUUUCUGGCAAAAACAAGGAGCACCAAAGACCAGCAGUUCAAGAAGGAUCAGAAUGUUCUUUCACCUGUCAAUUGCUGGAACCUCCUUUUAAACCAGGUGAAGCGGGAGAGCAGGGACCACACCACCUUAAGUGACAUCUACCUGAACAACAUCAUCCCUCGGUUUGUUCAAGUCAGUGAAGAUUCUGGGCGACUUUUCAAAAAGAGCAAAGAAGUGGGGCAGCAGCUCCAGGAAGACUUGAUGAAGGUCCUGAAUGAGCUCUACACGGUGAUGAAGACCUACCAUAUGUACAAUGCCGACAGCAUCAGUGCUCAGAGCAAGCUGAAAGAGGCAGAGAAGCAGGAAGAGAAACAGAUUGGCAAGUCUGUGAAGCAAGAGGAUAAGCAAACCCCACGCUCCCCUGAUUCAGCCUCCAGUGUCAAGUUUGAAGAAAAACAUGUCCGGCGAAGCUCAGUCAAGAAGAUUGAGAAAAUGAAAGAAAAGCGCCAGGCAAAAUACACAGAAAAUAAACUGAAGGCGAUUAAGGCAAGAAAUGAGUAUCUUCUGGCUCUGGAGGCCACCAAUGCGUCUGUGUUCAAGUAUUACAUCCAUGACCUGUCUGAUCUCAUUGAUCAGUGCUGUGACCUGGGAUAUCAUGCCAGCCUCGGUAGGGCACUCAGGACAUUCCUGUCAGCAGAGCUGAACUUAGAACAAUCAAAGCACGAGGGCCUGGAUGCCAUUGAGAAUGCUGUGGAGAACUUGGAUGCCAACAGCGACAAGCAGCGCCUCAUGGAGAUGUGCAACAAUGUCUUCUGCCCACCCAUGAAGUUUGAGUUUCAGCCACACAUGGGAGACAUGGUGUCCCAGCUGUGUGCCCAGCAGCCCGUGCAGAGUGAGUUAGUGCAGAGGUGUCAGCAGCUGCAGUCUAGGCUAUCCACGCUGAAGAUAGAAAAUGAAGAGGUUAAGAAAACAAUGGAGGCCACACUGCAGACUAUCCAGGAUAUUGUCACCAUUGAGGAUUUCGACGUCUCUGACUGCUUCCAGUAUAGCAACUCGAUGGAGUCUGUAAAAUCAACAGUCUCCGAAACCUUCAUGAGCAAGCCAAGCAUUGCCAAGAGACGGGCAAAUCAGCAGGAGACAGAACAGUUCUACUUCACGAAGUUGAAGGAGUAUCUGGAAGGGCGGAACCUCAUCACCAAGCUUCAGGCAAAACAUGACCUCCUUCAGAAGACUCUGGGAGAAAGUCAAAGGACUGACUGCUCUCUUGCCAGCAGACGCAGUUCUACCAUAAGGAAGCAGGAUUCCAGCCAAGCAAUUCCCCUGGUGGUAGAGAGCUGCAUACGAUUCAUUAGCAGACAUGGGCUGCAGCAUGAAGGGAUAUUCAGGGUGUCAGGAUCUCAGGUUGAGGUGAAUGAUAUAAAAAAUGCAUUUGAGAGAGGGGAGGAUCCACUGGCUGGAGAUCAAAAUGACCAUGAUAUGGACUCAAUAGCAGGUGUACUAAAGCUCUACUUUCGUGGGCUAGAGCAUCCCCUCUUCCCCAAGGAAAUCUUUCAUGACCUGAUUGCCUGUGUCACAAUGGACAAUCUGCAGGAGAGAGCUCUACACAUCCGGAAAGUCCUUCUGACUUUGCCUAAAACCACUUUGAUUGUAAUGAGAUACCUCUUUGCAUUCCUCAAUCAUUUAUCUCAGUUCAGUGAAGACAACAUGAUGGACCCCUACAAUUUAGCCAUCUGCUUCGGGCCCACGCUGAUGUCAGUGCCUGAAGGCCACGAUCAGGUCUCCUGCCAAGCCCAUGUCAAUGAGCUCAUCAAAACUAUAAUCAUACAACACGAGAAUGUCUUCCCAGGACCAAGAGAGCUGGAGGGCCCUAUAUACACCAGGGGUGGAAGCACUGAGGAUUACUGUGAAAGCCCCCAUGGAGAGACAGCCUCCACAGAAGAUGCAGCUCAGGAUAUGGUCACUGAACACCAUACCAGCGAUGAUGAAUGUGAACCUAUUGAAGCAAUAGCCAAAUUUGACUACAGCGGCCGAACAGCACGUGAGCUCUCUUUCAAAAAGGGGGCUUCCCUCCUGCUUUAUCACCGGGCCUCUGACGACUGGUGGGAGGGCCGUCACAAUGGAAUUGAUGGCCUGAUCCCCCAUCAAUACAUCGUUGUCCAGGACACUGAGGAUGGAGUAUCAGAAAGAUCAAGCCCAAAAUCUGAAAUAGAAGUAAAUUCAGAGCCACCGGAAGAAAAGGUGACUGCCAGAGCUGGUUCCAACUGCCCAAGUGGGACCCAUGUUGCAGACAUUUAUCUUGCAAAUAUCAAUAAGCAAAGAAAGAGACCAGAGUCUGGCAGCAUACGAAGAGCUUUUCGUCAAAGUGACAGCCACGGGCUGCCCAGCUCCCUGGGAGAACCAGUCCCACCAGGAGCUGUGGCCAGUUCACGCCCUUCCUCACAACCCAUUAUGAGCCAAAGUCUCCCGAAAGAGGUACCAGAUGCAUCUUCCAUCAGUGGCCAUGGGAGCCUCAAUUCGCUCAGCCGGCAUGCCUCUCUGAAGAACAGGAUAGAUAGCCCCCACAUCCGGAAAAAUGUGACCACUGGAAGGUCAAAGAGCUUUAAUAACCACCGGCCCAUGGACCCUGAAGUCAUUGCACAGGAUAUUGAAGCUACUAUGAACUCUGCUCUGAAUGAGCUGCGGGAGCUGGAAAGGCAAAGCAGCGUGAAGCACGCGCCAGAUGUUGUCCUGGACACCCUGGAGCCGUUGAAAACCUCCCCUGUUGUGGCACCCACCUCAGAGCCUUCCAGCCCAUUGCAUACUCAGAUCCUCAAAGACUCUGAACCAGCUUUCCAGCGGAGUGCCAGCACAGCAAGCGACAUUCCCUGCGCCUUCAGGCCAGCAAAGUCUGUCAAAAUGGCCGCCCCUGUCAAACCUCCAGCAACCAGGCCAAAGCCUGCAGUUUUCCCCAAAACAAACACCACAAGCCCUGUGGUUGCCUCAGCAUCUCAACAGUCUACUGACAAGUCCUGUACUGUCUGAACUUGAAAGCCUACUGUGAAUAUAGCAAAUUUUUUGUUUGUUUGUUUCAGAUGAGGGGACCCUGUUAAGGAGAUGUUAGAAAUUUCUAUUUAAUUAGUAUUGAACUUCUGCUGAAGAUUAGUUUGGAAGUUACCAUCGCCAGGGAUUCUCCCAACAGGAAAGCCCCAACUAAUUAAGUCUCAUUUUGCACCUCCCAUCACCUGUGAUGCUAGGACAUCACAGCUCUGUGUAGCCCGAGACAUAGGAAGUCAUAUAUCAGGUUGCUGUGAAAUCAGUGAGGAAAAGACAGAACUAAGUGGUAAACAGUCAAUGCCUUGUUUGAGUGUCUGGUCACUAAGGGAAACCUUCAGGGUCAUCUUUUAGAGGUUAGCAGAAAAGACUUCUGUGCUUCAACCACUACAGGGAUACAAUGCAAUAUUGUUCACCCA